AUGAGCGAGGUUCUAAUUGACAUCGAAAACUCGGAAAUUCCGAGAAUUUCCGAAGUCCAGCUUGACCCAUGGGAGUUGCGUAUCAAAAAAUCGCUAACCAAUUUGGUGCUAACACCAACGCAACAAGCUCAAUCCUUGAACAGCCGCCCAUAUUUCAUGGUGGUUAUGACACUUUUCCGGGUAAGUUCUAUAGAAAUAUUAAUUAUUGCGUUCUCUAAUACUUCCAGGUUCUUGUUCUCAUCUCAUUCGCUAAUUACUUGAUGUCCAAAGAUAUCCAACCUUACGAUUUUGUACCUCUCGCAUCCGAAGUUCUGGCAAUCAUCGCCUAUGUGAUUUCUCACAUCUUCAUCGGAAUCCCCUUGGAAAUCUCGCAAGGAACGUUGAAAUCCUCAAUUUUCUACCUAUCCGUUUUUCUAUACACUUUCGUUUUCGCCUCAACAUACGCCAAAACUACAUCAUUCUUCAUCUACGGCGGACCAUCUGCACUAUCUUUCGCCGGUUUACAUUUAUCCAAUAUUGUCAAGAACUGGGAAACAAUGACGAUGAAAUUAUUGCGAAUCAUUUCUCUAUCCGCAAUUUUUCUCGUCGUCGAACUCUUCAUGCUCUUCAACUUCAGUCUAAACAUUCACCAAUUCACUUUCGGACUCUCCGGCGGGCUCCUAGGCUAUCUUUUGGGAUAUUACUGGAUCUACCGAACAAAGGUGAGCUCAGAAUUCCGAAGAUAGGCUAAUUGAAUUUUCGCAGGACGAAGAAACCCAGGAAAUCAAAUGGCGAAGUGCUGGCAUAAUUUCAACGUGGCUUUUAUUUUUCCUAGUUCUUUCCGAAUUUUUGUAUCUUCGUAGAUAG